GGCAGCGCGCGGUCCAAUUCGAACGCAUCAGAUCUUGUCCAGUUGAACUUGUCCCUGACCAGCGUUAGGGCUGGCUAUCAAGCGACACUGAAAAUGACCGUCCGGCAGUGAACUUGGGAUCCAAACCAUGAAAUAUGAUGUAGUCUUCAAACAACGCGCUUUCUGUAGCAGCACGUGUGUCGGUUGUUUGUUUGAUUGGUGCAUCUUGUUAUUUGUUCAGUGCCCUCGAAGGCCGAUCUUGAAGUCGAAGAAAUGAUUCAAGUUUUGUCCAAGAUCCUUGGUCGGAAGAAGUCAGGAAGUAGCGAGAACAAUUCCAAUGCUUCCAGCCUUUCCAGCAGCAAACUAAAGGAAGGCCAGAGCAUAUGGCAGAAGGCUACCAAUCUUCGCCAAUCUCUGCGACAUUCCUCCAAAGCCAAAGGAGGCCAGAAAUGUGUGCCAGAGCCGCCUACUGAGAGAUCUGACCAAGCCACUACCCUGCGCCGGGAAUGGGGCUCUCAGAGAAAUCUGGCGAGGGAGCGGCGCAGCCUGGCAGCUAAGGCGCCACCCAGCGCGGAAAGUGCUUCACGGAGCUUGCAGGCUCGCUCCCUUUGUAUGUCUUCCGAUUGGGAUAUGGAAGAGGAGCUCAGCCCCCGGAGCUCCCGCUCACCUCGCAAGCUCACCAAGGAUUCCGGAUAUGAGACCAGUGCGCAAGGGGAUAUCGAAGGAGCCAUUUCUGACCGCCUGGCUGAGCAAGGAACAGAUCCUCAGUUGCCUCCUGAGAAAGAAGAUCCUCCUAAUGAAGCAAGAUCUGUUAAGAGACUGGAAUGGAAUACUCACCAUCGACCACUGAGUUUCAGUCAUCAAGAGGUGGUUUCCGAACGUGGAAAAAGUCGUCCACUCCGCCAUAGUUAUAGCCAGAGGGAGGUUUCUCGCCAAGGAAGCGUUGAAUCCUUGGAAGCUUUUUCGGGAGAUCUAAAGAGGACCACAAAAUUCCGAGCCGAAUCAGUUUCGAAUUGGUCUCGCACCCGCCCAGGAAUUGCUAAGUCAACCACACAGCUGGAGCAACUACAGAAUCCCCGCUAUUCCCUCUCUUCUACUGGCAGUCUUGCGCAGCCAGAACACGAAGAGAUUGUGGGAAGCAACAUGGUAACAAGAAAAUUUAAGAAGGGUUCUGUUUACGAUACCCUCGCUUCCACAAGUGGCCUUGAUUUUUCACCCAUAGUGCAUCUAAAGUCUUGUAACACAAGAAAAGAUGAUAUUAAUGUAGCAGUCAUUAAACCGUCCAACAAGCUCUGGGAAAGCACUUCCAGCAUUACUAAAAGCAAUGGAAGUUCACCACCAGACAACCCUGCUGUUUCUCGGGGAAAAUCUCCCAGAAAAUCUGACCCUUCUUUGCCAUUGCCGCAGCAUAUCAAUCCGUCCUAUAGCCCUCAAGAACACAAAACUUCAAACGUUCAAGUAGAUGAAAAUGGAGCAAUCAAAUGCAUUGGUGCUCAUGAAAAGUAUCCUUCGUGGCCUGUUAGUACAUCAUCAUCAUCAUCCUCUGUUUCCUAUCGAUCUCAUUCAUGGACGGGCCAGACUGAUUAUCCUAAAGAAAAAGUGGGGUAUACAAGACCUAAAAAAGCUAAUCAAUUUAAAAUUUCUACUAAUCAACUCCAACCAGUAUUGGAACGUGCAGUUGAAUACAAUAAUUCAAUCAAAAAUACAUCUGAAAGUGUGAGUUCUGAACGAAGCAAAAGCCCUGAAAAACAUCCUAUGAAGUAUGACAAUGCAACGAACUGUAGUAAUCAGCAGUUUGAUUUCGAAGCUUUUCAUACCCCAUGCAUUCCUCAGUGUUUCGAUGAUAAAAAUUACCGAAUAAAUUCUCCUGCCGAACGUGAUAUUCAAUCUCCUUCCUCUUCGAGCAGCGAAACACCUACAAAUGACUCGAAUAGAUUCAUUAAUCAGUAUGAGUUACGAAACCAAGCUCAGUACGCUGGUUCCGUCACAUCUUCUUCGUCUUGGAGUAAAUCUCGAAACACGGAAAGUAAAAGUGCUCCUAUGUCUCCAGAUACACCUUUCCUAGACAGGCUACGAUCAGACAGUGCUUGGCAAGUGCCUCCUCCACCAGUUCCCAUGAUUCCUGAAGCCGCCUCAGCUCCUCAAGCACAACAGCAGCAACCUCUAUUGCAUCCACCAGCAAAUGAUUUCGAAUUAUCUAGUGAAAAUGGAACUUGGAUGGGAAGCAUGGAAAGUAGCAGUCAUGGAAGAGGUGUCGCAAAAUGGCAAGGAUCGUACAGUGAUUUGAGCACACUGAGCACACAGUUGUCAAAUCGUAGUUCCCUUUUUGAUAGUGGCCAUUCUACUAUGCCGGAAAGCGGAAGACUAUCGCCUCAGUCAUCGUGUGACAGUACUGCGCCUAGUUUACUUUUAGAAGGGCCUACGCGUGCGCAAGUAGUAGCUAGGCAUGGUUGUCAUCGUGAAAUUGUUGCCCACAGUGCUCGAGUUCAACAGCCAGAAAGGCACGGAUCUGAAAGUGUCUUAUACUAUGCAGCAGGUUCCUUAGUUAAACAACCAAGUGAUGCAUCAUCUUCAAAAAAAUCAAAUGAUUCUACUAAUGGUAGUCAACCAGCUUCAGAAGCAGGGUUAUAUCGUAGUCAUGCAUCUUUGAACAUGAGUCCUCAAUCAAAUUUACUUGCUAGUGAUAAAGCAGACAUUCUUAACAAAUCUAAAAAUUGUCCAUCUAGACAAGAUUCUCGCAAAAGCUGCAAUUCCUUUUCAUCUGAAGAUUCGAAUCCCCGGUCGCGGAACUUUGGUGGUGAUGACACAUCUGGUUCAUCUUCAGAUGUUAGCAAUGUAACGUGUAUUUCAAAUUAUAAGGGCAAAAAAUCUAAAAGUUUAGAUGAAACACUAUCUGGUGCCGAUCGUCAAGUGCCGAGGCAUGCUGAAGAGCCAAUAAUACAAACAAAAUACCAAAGCUGGAAUGAGCCACCUUCCUUGAAACGUGUUGAAGAUGGCAAAAUUGUAUUCCCUGAUUACGAUAAGAGGCAAAGAAUUUCGGAUCCGGAUUUGAAAGCUAUUCAAAAGCAAGCCGUUAUGUCUUUUUACCAAAGAAUGUCCCUUGCUGAAUCAAAAAAAUCGGAAAAAAAAUCUCAAGGCCUUUCUAUGCCGGAUAUGGAAGGCCCACCUCCGUAUGAUACAGCAACUGCGAGGUUAAAAGUAAACUCAAAGUUAUCUUUAUAUCCUAAUUUCAAAAAGCCAUCUGAACUAAAGAAUUCAAAAAAGUGUCCUCCUCCACCUCCUGAAAAACCACACGAUAAUGGACUUCUUAACAGUCACAGUAAAUCUGUUCCCAAUUUAAUGACACUAAAAUCUCCAAGCUUAGAUUUGCCCCCUAGUCACCCAAUUUUCAGAUAUUCAUGUAGUGGUCCUUUGAAAAACAUUGAAAAGAAUUUUGGUGAGAAACCCACACAAGGACAUGCUUUACCAAACGAUGAGAUUAUUUCUUGGGAUUUGUUACCUAAUGUUUUGGAGAAAAAGAGGGAGACUUCUGAAAAAGCUUCAACUUCAAUUGAAAGCAAAGAUCCUCCUGAAGAUAAUACUGGAUGUGCAAGUAACAUGCAUUAUUUCAAAACUCACAAGUCUCCUCGAAAGGUGCAGCUGAAGGAGGUACACCACUCAAAUGAAACUGCCUCCGUUAAAGUGAUGACACCAGAUGGCGUAACUCUGGUCCAAGCUAGUGAAAAAUCAAAACACAAGAGACGUCCUGCACCACCUCCGCCUCCAAAACAGCCUCCCAAGAGACCACCCCCUCCUCCACCUCCCGUUACUCCACCACCAGAAGUGGUAGUGGUGUUGAAUGGGGAAGAAACUGAAAGUAGUGAAUUAGAUAAGCAGUUGGAAGAACUUAAGAUUGAUGUAAAAAGUUCUAGCAAACUUUCUUCAUCAAGUCCCCGAUCUUCCUGUUGUGGAGAACAAGGUUGUCCAUCUCCUGAACUCCCCUUGCCUCCUCCCCCCACUUCUCAAGGGGCUGAAAUAGUGACCGUUAGUGAUGAACCUCUACCCCCUCCACCUGAUCCAAGAGAUGUGGAAAUUCAGCCAAGGUUUCUAGACACAUCUUCUCUAAUAUAUCCAAAGAAUUCUUACAUGUCCUAUAGAUCGGAAAAGAAAGUUGGCCGACAGGGCUUUAAUGGCAAGUACACAAGAUCAUUCACCACAUCUGCAUCAUCUGUGGACCUCACCACUUUUGAUUCGAGCUUUCAUGACGCUGAUAAUGUAUCUUCUCCAAGCAGCUGGGAGGAAAUUCAUAACAUCAGACAACAUAAUGCAACUGUUAUUUUUCAUUCAAAUAACAUGAGUUCUAACGGCCGGCUUCAAAGAAGCAGUUCCCAGAAUUGUGUUUCAACUGAAGAUGUUUCCAGUCCUACUCAGAAUAACAUAUCAAACGGAAAUUUAGAAAAUACAGAGUGCAAUCAGUCAUCAAACAGUAUUAAUGCACAUUCUGAAGGUGAGUGUGUUCCAGUGCAACCAGUGCCAUACCUUCCACCUAGUCAAGAGGCAAAUGAAUUGAAGAACCAGAACUCUGUACCAGAAACCCACAACAAUAGCAAUUCCACCAAAGUUCUGUCAACUAACUGUUGUCCUCAGGAGAUAACAAAUCUUGAACCAACAAAUGAAGUUACGCCAAUUUUAGAUAAUAACUUCCAAGUAAAUAACAGUUACACAGAACUUCCAAGUGAUAAAACAAACUUAAAUUUAGAUCAUAAUCAAAAUACGGUCAAAUAUGAUUCUGCAACAGAAUCCAGUCUUAGAAUAUCCUAUGGAAAUCAUCUCAUCAAUCGAACAAAUAGUGCUACCCAAACAAGUUACACCCUAAAGUUGAAACGUAAAUCUGUUAAAUCAAGAGAAGAGCUUGAGUGUGAACGACUAUCGAAGGAAUUUAUUGAUCGUUAUGAAGAUGCCACUCUCAAAAAAAUUUUAAUUCCAACAUCUCAUCACAAAACGAUGUAUGACUACUUGGAUGGCCUCUAUGAGCUUGAAAUAUGUGAACAAUCCAAAUUUCAGAACACAGAAUGUCCAGAAACGAAUGAAAAUAUGAAAUGUGAAACAAUUCAGAUGAACAAUGAAAAAUUAGAGUCGAAAAUAGUCAAUAAUCAAAAUGCAGAAACAACUGAUAAUCAAACCGAUGAAGAUGAUUUGAAAAGUCGGAAAGAGGAACUAAUUCUGAGCAUAGGCAAAAAAGUUGAUACACUUAAGAUACAACAAAAUAGUGUUAAGGAAGAAAUAAUCAAAAAUGAAAUGUUUGGUCAAGAAAUAUCAAAUCGUUUGGGAAAGCUCGCAAAGCCAAAUGAACUAGAAAAGUUUAAUCUUCAUGUGGAAGAAAUGGAAAAAAUUCUUAGUUUGCUUCUUUCUCUUUCUGGACGUUUAGCCAAAGCUGAAAAUAUUUUGGAAAAUUUACCAAAAGAAAGUAAUCUUGAGGAAAAGAAAAUCUUAGAAUCCAAAAGAGAUAAACUAAAAGAACAGCAUGAAGAUGCCCGCAGGUUGAAAGAAAGUAUUGAUAGACGAAGCUUCCAAGUUUCUGCAUUCCUUCGUCGAUAUUUCACAGAUGAUGAAUAUACUGACUAUAAUCAUUUCCUUAAGAUGAAAACUAAACUGAUCAUUGAUAUUAGAGAAUUAGAUGAGAAAAUUCAUUUGGGAGAAGAGCAGUUGGCUGCACUUAGCGUUGUAGCACAUCUUUGGAAAAGUGCCAACUCAUGUGAUUAAUUUAAAUAAUGGUAGAAGUGAUUGUACUGUGUAUCUUUUUUAAAAAAUGAUGAUGUUAGCCAGUUUUGUUGGAUAAUGCUGCAUUCAAAUCUGUAACUUUUUUUUUUUGACGACUGCGUCUGCUGGUAUCGGGCCAGUUAAGCAAUAUUGAUGAUUUAACAUUAUAUGAUGUUGCAUGAAUAUUCUUUUUGAAAUUUAACAAAAAUAAAAAGUUCAAAAUUACAUGCUAUUUAAUUUAUCAAAUUUUACUUCUCACUCAUUUGAUCAAUGAUACCAUUCAUUAUAUGACGCUAAAAAACCUUUUUUAAGCUUCGUACAUAAUUUUGUUUAAAAUUACAUUUGAUUCUAAAAUAAGAAUAUUAUUGCAACAUCUUUUUAAAGCAUUUCAUUUAUGGUGGUUGUGCCAAUUGAAGAUAUGAGCUAUGCAUUACGUGAGGACUGACUGGCUGUGCCAUUGUUAUUGUUAUGGUGAACUGUACAUAUACGGAAGUACUGUUCUAUAUAUCAUACAUACAUAUGCAUUUAUGAAUGUAUGUAUAUGUAUACUAGAGAUGAAUCUCUGUUGAAUGUGCAUUUAUGCUGGAAAAAUAUAUCAAUCUGCCCUGCUUUUGUAUGUUUAUUUUUUCUUCUUUUUUUUUUAAAUUUGGAAAUACUAUCCGGUGAUGAAAGGAGUUGAAUUCCAUCUAUGUGAUUCCUAAUUCUUUAGUACUAUAAUUAAUACGUUUAUAGGUUUGUGAAUUUUUGUGUAGUCCUUUUAUUCUGCUUUGAAUGUAGUUGCCUUUUGCAUGCAUGCAUAUACAUAAAUAUGUAUACAUAAAGUCAAAAUGUUGUGUAACUUUUAAUUCAACUUAAUUAUUUGAAAGUUAUUUUAAGUUGAAUUGGAAUCGUUUUUAAAUGCUUAAUAUUGCUAUAGCUGUGAUUUCUCAUUCUUAAAAUCAUUAUUAGGCAUUUUUCUUCGUCAACUUAAAAUUUUCAUAUGUAUGAGGGCAGUAUUAUGUAAUAAAAUAUAGCUGCUAGCUUAUAAUCUUUUAUAAACAACUUUCUUUUUUAUAUUGCAAAAAUAGUAUUCUCAUAUCAAUUCAUUUUUAUUUUAUUGAAAUUGGAAAUGAAAUCAUUUGUUUUUUGUAUUGAUUGCUUCAUUUGGGUUUUCCAAGCAAUAAAUGUACAGAUUCAUAA